AGCUUCAUUUUUGUUUCUCUGUCUUUUAGCACCCAGUCCUUCUAACUGAAGCUCCACUGAAUCCACAAAGAAAUCGAGAAAAGGCUGCAGAACUUUUCUUCGAAACCUUCAAUGUACCUGCAUUAUUUAUUUCAAUGCAAGCUGUUUUGAGCUUGUAUGCUACUGGUAGAACAACAGGAGUGGUGUUAGACUCUGGGGAUGGUGUCACACACGCUGUCCCCAUCUAUGAAGGUUUUGCCAUGCCCCACAGUAUCAUGAGGUCAGACAUAGCUGGCAGAGAUGUCACUAGAUACCUCAAACUGCUACUAAGAAAAGAAGGACAGAACUUUCACACAUCUGCAGAAUUAGAGAUAGUUAGGCAAAUCAAAGAGAAUGCAUGUUAUUUAUCAAUAAACCCACAAAAAGAUGAAACCAUGCAGACUGAAAAGGCACAAUAUACACUUCCAGAUGGAAGUGUAUUAGAGAUUGGUCCUGCUAGAUUUAGAGCACCAGAACUUUUGUUUAGGCCAGAUUUAAUUGGUGAGGAAUUUGAAGGUAUACAUGAGGUUUUGGCAUACUCAAUCCGCAAGUCUGACAUGGAUCUGAGAAAGGUGCUAUGGUCCAACAUUGUCCUCUCAGGAGGGUCAACAUUAUUUAAAGGGUUUGGAGAUCGACUGCUUAGUGAAGUCAGGAAAUUAGCACCAAAGGACAUAAAAAUAAAGAUAUCAGCUCCACAAGAAAGAUUAUAUUCCACAUGGAUUGGUGGUUCCAUAUUGGCUUCCUUGGACACAUUUAAAAAGAUGUGGGUUUCCAAGAGAGAAUAUGAUGAAGAAGGAGUAAGAGCAGUGCAUCGUAAAACUUUCUAACGGUAGAUGGACUGGAUACCUAUUAUAAAAUGUAUUACCUAUAUGGCCCCGGCUGUUUGUAAAUACUGUAAGUUACUGCAGUUGGUGUCUGUUUACUUUUCUGUAGUACCUUAUUACCAACCAUGUGGCUGAGAUGCAGUGGAAUUGGUUUCAAGGGAAGUUGUCUUGAAUUCUCUAGUUGCCAAACAUAAGGCUUAGAUUUCAGCUUCCAACUAUGUGGCGCGGUAGACUGUAAUAUUCGCAUAGCAGAACAAUUUCAGUCCAAGUUUCCUUAUUCAUGUCUAUUAUUGGUCAUGCUGUAUAUAUGAUCUCCAUCAUGCUUACAUGCCACUUUUUUUAAAAGAAAAUCUUUGAUAUAUGUGUAGAUUGCAUUUAGACAUGGAUAGGAAUAAUAUCUGGACAUGGUAGAAAUACAUCAUGCAUUUUGAUUCCCACCCAUACAUUAUAGGACAGCAAACCCACCAAGGUGCUUGAUUUCACUCGCCUGCAGCGCUGUCUUUGUUUUAUAGUAAGUUACAAGUAAAUUUGUGUAGUUCAAGGGAACAGGUGGAAGAAGAAAAAUUUGUAACAAGUCCAUGAUGUAUAAGGGGCUAAUUGGCUAUAUUUGUAAACACAAACUAAUCUGGAUCAACUUGCCCUGAUGAAGAUCAUUUUGUCCGAUGUGAGGUAAUUCACUUUGGUCCCUCUUUCAGCUGGAAUGUAAUUCCUUGUGCAUGCAAGUCCAGUCAUCUGUAUUGCUCAUCAAAAAUUGUGGCAGAGAAGUUUUGACUGAAAUUAUGUCAUAGCAGUAACUGGAAUUCUGUGAUCUUUGCAAAGGGUUAUCAAGUGUAAUAGCAACUGCUUUUAUGUGUUUCAAGUGGAUGUAUGUAUUAUAUUUUAAAUCUCUUAUACUGGCUAUUUGAAAGGUUCCAUAAAUAAAAUAUCGGAUUCUUUUGUGACCAUUUUAAGAACUCAAAAAAUAUUUUUCCUCAUUUUACUGUAAAAGAUAGCAGUCAGUUCUUUCCAUUAUAAAAAGAUGAUAGAGAGAAGUAUAUUGGGGUCUUUUCAGGUUUAACAGCAGUUUUACAUAUUUUUCAAAAUACUUGGUAGUGCACAAGGAACUUUGCUACAAUUCUCUUUGGUCACACCUAUUCUUGGUACUGAAAUUGUUCAAGUGGCUCUGUACUUUGUAUGGUAAAAUAUUACAAAGCUAGUUUUUGUAUAGUUUCCUGUUGAGAAAAAACCAGUAGUGUUCAUCAAAAGUAUGUAUGACAUUGACACUUCCAACUUGUGCACUGAAUUCAGAUGCACUUGGAACCCAUUAGAAUUUAAUAUUUAAUUAACUGUAAAACUUCUUGAGUAGUGGUCGCAAAUUAUCAAUUUCAAUACUGCUAUUUAAAUCAUUGUCGUAAAAUAUAAGAU